UUUUUAUAUUUGUUUGCUGCAAAUGUAUCUUCAAUUUAUUGUGCUUAGCGUCAUUUUUAGCAUUUAACUGUAAAGAAGAAAAGAAGCAAUUAAAUAUAUAUGUUAUGCAUUUGAAACGCUUGAUUUGGCGCCUGCUAAGUAGAUGAUGACUACUGCUAACAAUUGGCCAAGAGUUUCAGUUUGAUUCCAGCCUCUCAAGAUGCUGAUUUGGAAUUUGGCUCUUAGCUGUUGUCUGCUGAGUGCGCUAUGCAUGCAGCAGGCUCUGGGCGCUAGUAAGAAAGAGAGAAGGCAGGAGAGAGAACUAGGAGGCUCUAGAUUCUGUGGUGCCAGACAACAAUGUGUGCCCGUCAAGUACUGCCAAACUACAUCAGCCACACGAUUCCACUGCGAAAACGAAAACUAUAUUUGCUGUCGCAAGCUGCGGGCUAUGCCACCUAUUCAGAACUCAAUAGAGAACCAAGAAGACAACCAAGCAGGCAACCAAGCAGGCAAAGAAGCAGGCAACCAAGGAGGCAACCAAGCAGGCAACCAAGGAGGCAACCAAGCAGGCAACCAAGCAGGCAACCAAGCAGGCAACCAAGCAGGUAACCAAGGAGGGUAUCCAGGAGGAGGUCUCGGAGGCAACCAAGGAGGGAACCCAAAAGGCCCGUGUGGUUCUUUUGGAUGUCCACCACCAGGUGGUCCUUGUGGUCCUUAUGGAUGUCCACCACCAGGUGGUCCGUGUGGUCCUUAUGGAUGUCCACGUCAAACAGCUUGAUGUGCUAUAAAUAAAUCCACGCCAGACGCCGCCAAAUUGUCAGCCUGUAGGGUGUAAUACUGGAUGAUUUUUGUCUUUCCAAAGAGAAUUCCAUAUGUUUAUUUCUAAACAAAACAGCGCAUUUUGAAGUGCUCAAAUAAAUAUUGAAUUACAGCCAUGAGUGUAUGUGGCAAGUCGGCUAUAUGCCAGCUAUAGGCAAGAAUUAAAAUCGUAAAGCUUAAGCUAA